GCUUCCAGGCCUGUGUGAGAACCUAAGCUUUGGACUGUCAACUUCUAGGGUUGCAGAUUCGUUGGGCCUUCACAUGUGGCCCGUGAAAAGGAGGCAUCACUGGAGGAAGAGGAGGGCUCCUAGAGGGGGAAGGCCACCCAACUACGGGCUUCUUGAGGACAGGUGCUCCAACUGGCCGCUUCCUGAGGGCAGCGAGUCCUCUUGUGGCCUUAGGCAGGGCCCUGAAACCGGCCUCACGUGUUUGCAACUCGAACUCCUGUGCUUCCACCAAGCACUCCCGGGGAUGCGGGGGUGGUGUCCGCGCCCCGGCCCCAGCCCGCACCCCGAAGUGGCUCCAAGGCCGCAGGAUGACCAGUGUCCCAGUGAAGGAACGGGUGAAGGUGUCUCAGAACUGGAGACUGGGGCGCUGCCGAGAGGCGAUUCUGCUGAAGUGGAGAUGCAGUCAGAUGCCCUGGAUGCAGCUAGAGGAUGAUUCUCUGUACAUAUCCCAGGCUAAUUUCAUCCUGGCCUACCAGUUCCGUCCAGAUGGUGCCAGCUUGAACCGUCGGCCUCUAGGAGUCUUUGCUGGGCAUGAUGAGGACGUUUGCCACUUUGUGCUGGCCAACUCGCAUAUUAUCAGUGCAGGAGGAGAUGGGAAGAUUGGCGUUCAUAAGAUUCACAGCACCUUCACUGUCAAGUACUCGGCUCAUGAACAGGAGGUGAACUGUGUGGAUUGCAAAGGAGGCAUCAUUGUGAGUGGCUCCAGGGACAGGACGGCCAAGGUGUGGCCUUUGGCCUCAGGCCGGCUGGGGCAGUGCUUACACACCAUCCAGACUGAAGACCGAGUCUGGUCCAUUGCUAUCAGCCCAUUACUCAGCUCUUUUGUGACAGGGACGGCUUGUUGCGGGCACUUCUCACCCCUGAGAAUCUGGGACCUCAACAGUGGGCAGCUGAUGACACACUUGGGCAGUGACUUUCCCCCAGGGGCUGGGGUGCUGGAUGUCAUGUAUGAGUCCCCUUUCACACUGCUGUCCUGUGGCUAUGACACCUAUGUUCGCUACUGGGACCUCCGCACCAGUGUCCGGAAAUGUGUCAUGGAGUGGGAGGAGCCCCAUGACAGCACCCUGUACUGCCUGCAGACAGAUGGCAACCACCUGCUGGCCACAGGUUCCUCCUACUACGGUGUUGUACGGCUGUGGGACCGGCGCCAAAGGGCUUGCCUGCAUGCCUUCCCGCUGACGUCGACCCCCCUCAGCAGCCCUGUGUACUGCCUGCGUCUCACCACCAAGCAUCUCUAUGCUGCGCUGUCUUACAACCUCCAUGUCCUGGAUUUUCAAAACCCAUGACCGUCAGGGCCACCCCUGCCUCUGGGCCAGGGAAACCAGCUACUCAGGGACCUCUCUUGCCUGGAGGGUGCAGUGAUAGCUCCUCCCCAGUGCCCCACUGUGCUCCUGGGCCUGUGACCCCAGUGCUCAGGCACCUUGCACUAGAGGCUUCUGACUUCUGGGGCUUUGGGGCUUACCAGAGAUGCAGUCCCUCCCGGGAACCUGUUGGAGAGGCAGGACCUGCUGCUUUGGAAGAGUGUGGCUGAACCGGGGCCUUGCGUCCCUGUUUGGCCAGAGCAAGGAUCUGGCCUGGAGAGGCCCAUCCUAUACCCCUUAUUAGAGCCAUGAUAGCCUACAGAGUGAGGUGAGGUGCUCCCACCUUCCCAGAUGGUUCCUUUCUGCCCCUUCCUGGAAGGAAAGGUAAGGCUGCCAAUAGCCCACUGGCACCAGCCAGACCUCACCCUUGACCAACCUCUCGGGGCCGGGGGUUCCUUCCUGGGGCACUGUGACCUGGUUUUGCUUUGAAACCAAUAAAGAGCAGAGGGAACCCAGCAGUUCUGAGUUCUGAGCCAGCCCUACCUCAGGCUGGCUGUUGAGACAAGCUACAAUUUUCAUUUUUGUAAAAAUAAAGCUUGAUUGUUCACAGA